GAGGCGGGGCAGUUGGGUAAACGGGGGCAAAGGUAAACGAGGACUCAUGGAGGAGAGGAUGGGAAGGACAGCAGCCAAACCAGAUUAUUCCUUAACAGACGGCCACAGGUGGACACAGAGCGGGAGAACGUCUCUGCUCCUCGAUGCUGCUCACGGUUUAGAAAAGACGACGAGCUCGACUCCGUCAGCGGCGUCGAACAGCUGACCGGAGGGACGCACACUUUACUGUACAUGUCACAUCCUGAGGAGUCGAAGCCAGGGAGCAGAGAGCGGAUCAGAAACCUUCUUUUCAUUCAUUACGGAGGAUAAUUAAUGUGUAUUUUUAUUCCUAUGGCUUAACAUUUAGCUGUUUCUAUUUGCCAUCAUUUCAUUGUUUUUCAUUUUUAACUGACCUGCACAGCCUGUCACGGUUUUGUAAAGCUGUUGCCGUUUUUACAUCUUUUAUAUUCCAUGAUUAUCAGUGUUUGUUUAUGAUGAGGAAAUUGACCUGAAGACCUCAAUUAACAUGACGUAUCUCAGUUUCUCCCCUAAUUUAUUAAAGAGCAGUCUCCAGUUUGCCUUUGUCGGAGCCUUCAGAGCAGGACAUGGGAACAAGUGUUUCAGCCGGGCCACCAUGUACAUACACUUUUCUAGAGCUGAUGAAGGCAAACUCAUAGUUGUUUGUGUAUAUUCUCCAUGAACAUUGAAUGUGCAUUAACUUCUCUGCUUCGUUAUAAUCUUUGUUCUUACUCUGGAUGCUGAUUUGUUCAUUCUUGAAAAAGGUAAAUUGCCAUGUAAUUUGUAGCUUACCUUGGUGACACAUUUUUCUGUGGCUGUGCAUAUUGAUUGUACUUGAUGCAUAGUGCAUAGCGCCUUGUUACUACUGUAUUAAAAGGCAGUAAAAUGCAUGUGUGGAUUCAAGAUGAAAUGAACUUCAUGGGUGUCUGAGUGGUUCUGCACUUUAUCCACAUCAGUGGUGGGAGGUGACUCAUAAUUUUGAUAUACUUUACUUAAAUAUUUCCAUUUUAAACGACUUUGUACUUUGACUUUACGACAUUUCAGAGGGAAAUCUUGUAGUUUUUGAUCCACUACAUUUACAGAAUCUGACAGCUUCAGUUACUAGUUACUUUUCAGAUUAAAAGUUGACAUAGAAAGCCUGAGUUGUCUGAACAGAGAUCCUCUGCUGCUCCUGAGGUUUCUGCCACAGUGGGUUUUAUUUUCCUACAGAUUGUAAAAGUCCUUGAGGCAAAUUUGUGCUCUGUGAUAUUAAUUAUAUAAAAUAAAAUGACAUAUUGUUAAGGAUUAAAGCAACAAUUAGUGACAUAUAUAAACAACUGUCUACAACAUAAAUAGAAAUGUUAUAAUAAUGAUAAUCUGAUGAUAUAUUACAUGAAACUCUAGCAUUACAAUGACCUUUCACACAAGAGCAACUGCCCAGGGGCCCAUUGGUUGCUGACCACAACGCCAACCAGCACCCUGGAGAUGAAAUGAUUGGUUGAUUCAUUUAAUAGAUGAUUAAAUGGUAACAAUAUUAAUAAUUGAUUAAUUGUUUUUAUAAUUUUAAAGCAAAAAUUCAAUUUCCAGGUUCUCAAAUGUGAAUAUUUGCCAGUUUUCUUCUUUGUGUUUGUGACUUGAUCAUAUAAAACAAGACGUGAAUAUGUUAAUAUGUUAUUUUUCAUUGAACAAUAAUUAUGUAUUGAUCAUGAAGAGCUUCUUAAAUGUGAAUAUUUGCUUGUUUUCUGAAAGUAAACUGAACAUAUUUGUAUUUUUAACAACUGCUCAAACUAAACAAGCUGGUUGAAUCUUUGAAUAUGUUUUUAAAAAAUGAGCCAUCUUUAAUUCAUUUCUGAUAUUUUAUACACUGAACAAUCAAUUGAUUGUUGUUAUUAUUUCAAUACUUUGUUUAUUGGCUUUUGUUUGAAAGAAUAAACAGAACAUUCAUUAAAACUCUCCCUCCCCAAAUAACACAACAAUUUUGUAAAAAUGAUAAAUAAAACUUAAUAAACAUAACUUUAAAAAUUGAGUCAUACACAUAGGUUGAAGCGAUUAUAAACAAGAAUCAAAAUAACUUCAGUAAUAUUGAUUAUUAAAGAAACUAAUUGUCAGAUGUAUUGAUAAUGAAAACAAAUGUUGGCUGCAGCCUUACAGGUUUUAUAUGACUGAAUAAUAUGAAUCUGCUGGAGGUUUUUUGAGUGUGACACAGUUUAAUAAAACAGGAUUUUACUACAGAACAGGAUUAGGGCCACGUUAAAAAAAAUGUUGAUUCUUGAUUUUAAUCUUAAAAUUCUGAGAUUAAAGUCAGAAUUUAAAAAAAGUGUCCCUAACAACAAAUGAGCCACAUAAAGUAAAGUGGUGCCCCCCCCCCCCUCUACCACUCAGGGGCCCCAUGAUGGAGGAUGGAGGAGCCCUUAUCCCUGAUAAUGUGAAAAUUUGUAAUAAAUAAUCAAAUCGUGUAGACUUGGAUGAUAUGGACUAAACCUGGAGGUCUGGGUUGAUAAUCCUGCCUUGCUGAUCAGUUUCUGGGUAAAUGGAGCUGACAUGUACUGAGGGGGUCAACAGGGCCCCCCAGGAGGUUAAUCCGGCCCUGUUUGUUGUUAAUACUUUUACUUUGUGAAUGCAGGUUUUUGGUUUUAACUGUUUGUUUUUUUUUUUUUUUUUUUACACUGUGUUGUUGCUGCUUUUAUGUAGGUGAAAUAUCUGAGCGCUUCUUCCUGCAGCUCGGGUCCGUGUGUCCUCUGGAGGUGGUCGGUCCGCGGCACCGCAGCUACCGACCCGUUAGCUUUGUUUACAGCGGAGCGGAGAGCGUCGACCCUCCCCCACCCGGCUUCACCAGCUCCUCCUCCUCCUCCACGGGCUAGCCCGCUAGCUGUAGCUUACCGGUCUAAAAAAGCGACCAGAAAAGCCAGCAGGUCUACAUUAACAGCGAAUUUAAAGGGGCCUGUUGGAUGAGACUGCAUUAAAACUAAAAAAAACCACCACAGACUGCCUUUAUGGGACGCUUCUGCGGCGGGGGGUUACAACGCCAUGGCCAGCUAGCUGCUAGCUGACGAUCCGGCUGCUAGCUCCAGGAGCCGGGGCAGGAGCUCCGGCGACGGGCGUCUAAACUCGGCUUUUUUAAAGUCUGUUUUCGUGCCGUGGCGUCGUUGGCUUAACCGUGCUCGGUUUGUACGUCGGCUGUACAAAUUUAUCAGGGGAAUCUUUCUUUCUAAAAUAUGUAGGUCACUGUAAACGACCGAUGGUGGUUAUGUGGGUCACAGACACCAGUGCGUUAACCUGUUAGCUGGAACAGCUGGUUAGCAAAGGAGCUAGCUUUAAUAACGAGGAUUUUAAUGAACAAUCUUAUGAGGAAACACAAUAACGUUAAUGUAUUUGCUUGUGUUAGCGAGGGAUUAUCUGCAGUGUGAGUGGCUGAGUCUAUUAUUGGGUUUAACGUCCAUUUUUUUUUCAUAUUUUUGGAGUCGUCGCUAAACGGUCGCUAGCUAGCUGGACCCUGUUAACCGAGCAGCUCCACUAACCAGGACAAUAAUGGGUCAUGCUGAGUGAGUGGCCGUGUUUCCUUUGCGCCUAAGCCGGGCAGCAGCAGCAGCUUGGUGCCGCUCAGACAAAGUGGACUGUUCCGGGGUUCGGUGGUAGGAGGAUGGCAUUUCACGGCGCAGGCCGGCAGACCGUCUGUGGAGACUUGUUUCCGGGCUCCGAGCUGGGCCACAAGUAUUUCUGUGUCAACUCCUCCUGCGGAGCACCCUCCACGGGCCUCAGCGCCACACCGUGCCUGACCGGACCCACUGCCCCGGCCGGGACUCCUCGUCACCCGACAGCUCUCGGAGGAAGCGCCGGCGGCGGAGCAGCGGUGCCUCAGCCCUACAGCAACCCGGCCAGCGAGGUGCCCAGCCCUGCGGAGAUGGAGCCGGACCGCCCCAUCGGUUAUGGCGCAUUUGGUGUUGUGUGGUCGGUGACGGAUCCCCGCGACGGUCGGAAGGUGGCUUUGAAGAAGAUGCCUAAUGUCUUCCAGAACCUGGUCUCCUGCAAGAGGGUCUUCAGGGAGCUGAGGAUGCUGUGCUUCUUCAAACACGACAAUGUUUUGUCGGCUCUGGAUAUUUUACAGCCUCCGCAGAUCGACUGCUUUGAGGAGAUCUACGUGAUAACAGAGCUGAUGCAGAGCGACCUCCACAAAGUGAUCGUGUCUCCGCAGCCUCUCACCACCGACCACAUCAAGGUCUUCCUCUAUCAGAUCCUCCGAGGUUUGAAGUACCUGCACUCGGCCGGGAUCCUGCACAGAGACAUCAAACCUGGAAACCUGCUGGUCAACAGUAACUGCCUGCUCAAGAUUUGUGAUUUCGGGUUGGCCCGUGUGGAGGAGCCCGACCCGUCACGUCACAUGACCCAGGAGGUGGUGACUCAGUACUACAGAGCGCCCGAGGUGCUGAUGGGCUGCCGGCACUACGGCUCGGCCAUCGACGUCUGGUCAGUGGGCUGCAUCUUCGCGGAGCUGCUGGGACGACGGAUCCUCUUCCAGGCCCAGAGCCCGAUUCAGCAGCUGGAUCUGAUCACAGACCUGCUGGGAACUCCCCCUCUGUCGGCCCUGGCGUCGGCCUGUGAAGGAGCCAGAGCCCACAUCCUGAGGGGGCCGCACAAACCGCCGUCGCUGUCGGUGCUCUACAUGCUGUCUGACGGAGCCACUCACGAGGCGGUGCACCUGCUCUGUCGGAUGUUGGUCUUUGAUCCGACUAAAAGGAUUUCCGGCAGCGACGCCCUCUCCCACCCUUACCUGGACGAAGGGCGCCUGCGUUACCACACCUGCAUGUGUCAGUGCUGCUACUCCGUUCCCAGCGGCCGAGUUUACACCCGGGACUUUGAGCCGGUAGCUGAGCGGCCGUUCAGCCACAGCUACGAGAACAGCCUGCUGUCUGUGUGGCAGGGCAAAGAGUUGAUCCAUCGCUUCAUCACGGAGCACCAGCAGGGCAAACGGGUGCCGCUGUGCAUCAACCCUCAGAGUGCUGCCUUCAAGACCUUCAUCAGGUCGACGGCGUGGCAUUCCUCCAAGGUGUCCAGGAAGGAGGAGAGAUGAGCGGCCGUCCUCGUGGGGCUGGAGGAGCGACAGCGGUUGGAGAAAUGAUUUCAUCGGCUUUGGCGUCUGAAAAUACCGAAGAGUUUGGGUCUUUUUUUUUUUUUUUCUUCUUCUUGUUCAUGUGGCGAGAUGCAGAGAGGAAACGACAUCCGACCCCACCCUCCUCCACACCCUCAGAUAUUUUUUUUUUUUCUCCGUAUAAAUCCAUGAAAUUUGUUGAGUAUGAAAAACUACAGCUUCACUCUUAACGACCCAGACGGCUGAUCAGCUGAUGCUCGAGAAGUUUUCGGUGCUGAAUUUAAAAA